CGUUAGCCACUCACGUGAACUCGUCUUUAUCUAUUUGAGAUAUUGAUAAAUUUAAGAUAUAAUGUAGUCGUUUGUGUUUGAUUUGAGAAGUGUGUGGUUUGGCAGAGAUGGAGAAAUCGGGAUUUAUAACGCCGUUUAAGAAGCAGUGCUUCGUGACCCUUGGAGCAUGCUUGAAUAUGGCAAGCCAGGGCAUGACGGUGGGCUUCGCAGCCAUCUUGCUCCCACAGCUGAGGAGACCAGACUCCAUCAUUCCCAUUGACGCUUCAUCAGGAUCUUGGAUAGCUUCAAUAUUGGGAUUCGCGCUUGUCGCCGGCAACUUUAUCGUCCCGACCGUCAUGGCCAACUACGGCCGAAGAGCUGCCAACAUCAUCUCCAUAGCCCCAAUGCUCGCUGGCUGGUUCUGCAUCAUCUUCGCCACCAACCUCCCCACCCUCCUCGCUGCGAGGGUCCUCCAGGGCCUCUCUAUGGGCAUGAGCUCCUCUCUCGGACCUGUCAUCAUCGGCGAAUACACCAGCCCCAAAAACAGAGGGCCUUUCUUGGCAUCAAUCUCUGUUACUAUCGCUACUGGAGUCCUAAUAGUUCAUGCUAUGGGAUCCUUCAUUAGCUGGCAAACAACCGCUUUAGUAUGCGCUUCCAUAGGAUUCUUAGACUUACUUAUAGUUAUUUAUUCUCCUGAGACACCCAGCUGGCUAGCAGAUCAAGGGAGAUAUGAUGAAAGCAGAAAAAUAUUCAGAUGGCUCAGAGGAGAUGGCGAAGAAGAUGAACUACAAAGAAUGAUAGAUAGUAGCAUAAUUAUUAGAGAAUCUAAAGCAGAAGUAAGCACAUCAGAAACCUUCUUCCAAAAAAUAAGAAGGGCUGUAGUGCAUUUCAGAAUAACGAUUAGAAAAAGAGAGUUCUAUAAACCUAUUUUCAUAAUGAUGCACAUUUAUACUAUGGGGAUGUGGUCAGGCGCUAAUAUCAUGGCGGCUUACACUGUGGAUAUUUUUGAGGGCGUUGUAGGUUAUGGAUCGAAUAUUCCCUUACUAGUGAUCACAAUGGGCGUGCAGAGAAUCAUUUCAAACACGUGUGCUGUUUUUGUGAUAAGGAAAGUAAAGAGAAGGACAAUGUUAUUAGUCACUGUUGCGAUAAACGUGUGUGCGUUUCUGUCGAUCGCGGCAUAUUCUUAUGGAAAGCAACAUGGAAUGCUGCCUUUCGACCACCCUAUGAUUGGCAUUGUCUUGAUUAACAUCCAUAUCUUUUCUAUAGCUACAGGAACAGUGCCACUUCCUUUUAUAAUCGCUGGAGAAUUAUUCCCUCUUGAGUUUAGGAGUUUGGCCGGAGGCAUCAGUGUUUUGUUUUUGUCAGCAAAUUUGUUUCUCUCGAUCAAGACUGCGCCUCUUCUCUUCUUGACCAUCGGCAUUCAUGGAGCUUAUGUUAUGUACGCGUGUAUAGUGACGUACUGUUUGGUGGUGGCUUGGUUCUUGCUCCCAGAAACAAAGGAUAGGACUCUUCAGGAUAUAGAGGAUGAGUUCCGAGGCAGACCACUGUCUCCUGAGGAAGUUAAAUCGGUUCAGUCUUUGCAUUCCCUGAUGAUGUACAAAACUGACCGUCGGUGUAGCCAACCUGUGAUAUAAUUUUAGUUUUGCUUAAGUAUUUAUUGUGAUAGUUGUAAGUAAUUUAUUUUUGUGGUAAUAGAAAGUCUGGGACUCAUAUAUGGUAGUUCAUUGUUGAGUUGGUUUGAAAAUAAUGUUAUUAGUUAUGAAUGAAAGUUUAUGAAAGUGGUUUUGGAAUAAAGCACUUGAUAGAGAA